CGUUCAGGGCAGGUCUCACACCGAUCACGUGAUACACACAUUGUUGCGAGUCCGAAAGCCGCCUUCACCGCUAUCUUCCACAACGCGUCCAACAUUCAGCGAUGUCUAUACAGUACCGACAAGACAUGCCUCCACCCGGGGGCUUCGAGGCAGUCAAGUACAAGCGAAACCUUCCUUUUCGUGGUCCAAGUGGUCUAGUCAUUCUGGGAGCUGUGACAGCCGUGUGUGCAUAUGGCUUCUAUCGUGUUGGGAUGGGAAACCUAGAGAGAAGGGAGCUGCAAAGAGAGCAAGUUUGGUCCCGCAUCCACCUUGUCCCCUUGUUGGUGGCGGAAGGCGAUCGAGAUGCGUAUCGUCGCCAGCAAGCUGCAUUGGCGCGGGAGCGAGAGAUUAUGAAGGAUGUUAAAGGAUGGGAGCCUGGUAAAAGUGUCUAUAACAAUGCACGAUAUCGUUCCGCAGAAUCCAUUGUGGUUCUUUGAUUGGUCUAUGUUACCUUUCUUUGUAGAGUCACAAUCAAUUAUUAGAUCUUUUAGCCGCAAAAGCGCGCAGUCGGAGAAGCUUCCAUUGUAUAGACAGAGGGGCGCCACACAGCAUUUGGUGUGAUCUGGUCCCGCCAUUGCUAUAUCGCGGCCUAGUUCCACCGGUGGCGGUAUGGCGAUGAGUAUACAAUAGUGCCCAUACGUUCGGUUCCAAGAUACCAAGAGUAGAUUAUAG